AUGGGCGUGGAGGAACUUAGGAAUCUGGCCAUCACGGUGACAUUACUCCCACGUGUGGAAGUAACUUCUAUUUACCAAAGAGGAGUUUCAGAGACAAAGGUGCUUGGAAAUUUGUUUUCUCUGUCAAAGUAUGGAGUAGUGAAGCCCUUAGGCCUCCAAGCCAAAUACUUGAGUAUGUCAUCGACAACGAUCAGGAGCUCGGUUGGUGGGGGCAGAUUCGAUCCACCAUUCGGUUCUUCAAGUAAUAAAAGCUCCAGAUGUCCAAGAUUAAUCAAAGCCAUACAAGAUCUCAGAAGUAAGCUUCUGGUGAAAAUUCAGGAGAUAAAGAAAGAUCUCCCCAUGAAACUAUACUUUCUUUUGGUUGGUUUCUACUCUGCAACCGCAUUCUCUACAUUUAUACGACAAACAGGAGACUGGGAUGUUCUAUCAGCUGCAUUGGCUGUUAUUGUAGUUGAAUGCAUCGGAGCUUUAAUGUACAGAGCAUCCGUUCCAUUUAUCAACAAGAUGCGGAGCACAAUCACCAUGUUUAACUAUUGGAAGACCUGA